AUGGAAGCAACUUUGAGGAGGGCCUGCAAUUGUAUCAGGACAUCUUUUGAUUUAAAAUUAGUUGGUAAAAUUCCGAGGGGAAGGAGAGGAAGUGUAUAUAACGAGUGGUACCAAGUCUCAGAGAGAUAUGACAAAAUUACGUAUUUGGAGUAAAGUGGUGAGUAUCACCUUAUAAUGAGGUCUACAGUUCAGUCGACAUGAUCAAUUCGAACUCACAACUUAACAUAAAAGUUUUCUGGAACAAUUGUUUGGUAUAUUAUUUUUACUCGUUGCCUACUCAUAAACAAAUAUUAUACCAUUUCGUGGAUAAAAUUCCAUUGAAAGAAAUAUUUUUGUCUUGUCUUUGUUAGGAAAUGAAUUUACGUGAGCAAGUCUAGGGCAUCUAUCUGUUCAUUAGCAUGAAAAUGUGCAAUCCAAUUGGUUCUUCGAGUGGUCUGUUACGGGAUAAUCUUACCGACAGUAGAACACUACAAUCCUACAAACUCAUCUACUUUAUCAAACAACGAGUGAUAUUAUCAAAAAGGAGCGUACAGUAUUUAUGUUCAAUAAACUUACUUAAGCCUACUACAGUCUAUAUCUUAGCUCAUCACCGAGCCGAACUCACGGUUUCCUCCAACGUUUCUUGAAAUUAGCAAUCUUCCACUUUAGCUCUCUCUCACGGUAUAGCUUUCUAAACAGUCGCUCCCAAAAACGCCAACUACAAGUAAUACAUGACUGAGUCCUUAUAUACUUUUAAAAAGUCUUCUGGAACAUUCCAGAAGCUUUCAAAAGAAUUAUUUCAGUAGUUUUACGUAAUAACUGCGUGACUUGAUGAAAUGUUUUAGAAAGUUCUAUGGUAAGCAUGUCAGCAUGACUAGGCAGUCUGGAGAUUUCUAGAAGCCUAUAUUUACAACAGAAAUUGCCUAUAACAGGUCCUAGAUGUUUAUCUGCAAUACAGGCCACUGAGAGGACCGAUUCAUCGGUAAACAUUGUCUGUGUAGAAAAUGAAUGAAAAGCCUCUCAGGCAAUUUUCCGCAGAAUUAAGCUUCAUUUUCCAGUACUGACGCUUUCAUUUUUCAUAAUUGGUGAAACUGAUUUAUUGGUCAAUACAAUCCUUAACCGUAAUCGUUAUAAUAUAUUGAUUCUGGGAAAAGUGCUAAACUUGUAGACCUUGUACUGUUACAAUAUCCCGCUGCUGGUUGUAAUGGAAAUCCAAAAUUAAAAUAUAAAUUUAGAGAAUGAUGUUUUUUGUCUUGUCACGAACGUGAGACAAAGAAAGUCCCUAUGAGGAAUCGAACUUCAUAUCUUCGGACUCCGCGCUCCGAUGCUCUACCACUGAGAGACUCCAUAGUGAGCGAGGCCCAUUACGAAGUUCAAGUAAGACAUGCUGCCUGCGUACUUUUAGGAUCAGCGAUGUCACUUGCGUCACGUUUGUAAACGGAAUAAGAGAGACGGUUAUGUAGAUACGCAGGACGCGUGUCAUGUAUGAACCUCCUGAUGGGCCUCACUCGCUACAGAGUUUCUGUGGCUCAGUGGUAGGGCACCAAAGGUCUGAGGUUCGAUUCCUCGCGGGGACUCUUUUUCCCUUUGUUUCACACUCGUGAAAAGGCGAAAAAACAUCUUUCUCUAUUUCUUUACCGAGCUCAAAACCUACCUUCUCUCUCACUCAAUAUAGAUUUUUUUUUUAACCCUAUCUCUAAUUAACUCUAAUUAUCUUAUCUGAAGGCAGGGGCAAGACUAAGGGGAGCUGAAAAGCCUUGUAAUAAGGUUUGUUGCUUCGUGGAUGGCUGGAAUCUUUUGGAAAACUCUGAGUUAAUGCUGAAGUCUCUGAAUAGUUGGUUGGGUCUUCUGGGAAAAUAUAAACAUUAUCGACUGCUACCGACUAAAGAAUAUGAAACUCUGCAGGUUUGUUCAUUCUGACAACGACAAUUCAAUGGAAAAGACAAGAUUUUUAAGUUUAGGUUUUGUUUUUGAUUUUGUUUUUCUUCUCAGUGCUUUUUGUUAUUUAAUUUUUAUUGUGUUGAUGUCUUUGUUAUGUUUUUGCUAUAGUUGUUUAGUUCUUUUCCUCGGUUAUGAUAUUUUCAGGUAUUUCUUUUUGCAUGCUUUAACAUAACUAUCAAUCUCUAUCAGUUGUCACUUUUCCAAGGUGGUAAAUUAGUAGCUUAGCUCUGAAAGAACAGAGCACUUAUUCACCAUAAGUUAUAUCUGCAAUAAGUUAUAAUGGUGCAAACACGUUACGGGUUGUUGGGAGGGCAGGGCCACUGAAGACUAUGAGUAUAUACCAAUGUGAGUGGAUAGCGCUAAAGACGCGCUUUGAUUCGCAACUCAAAUUCUGGAUAUCUUUUGCUAUUCACUGCAGAGCAACUUAAGCGGAAUUUGCGCCCGGAAAUGUCGAGAUCGUUGCUGAAUAGUUGAGUUAUAAUCCUCCUUUUGUUUUAUUUUAUCUCACUCAUUUAGUAUACACUAAAACAACUAUUAGCCUCAAUGUCGCUGGUUAGUAGAGGAUAUUUAGCCUCGAAGCGGUGAAGUAAAUAUCCCCCACUAGACAUGCACCUCCCAUGUGGUGAAUAGUUGUUAAUCAUUAGGUAAAAUCAUUAAAAAGUUUUCCUCUGUUUUCUCUGCUCAAGGAAUCAAGCUGCAGUAAUAGCACGGCAUACGAAUUGAGACUUAAAGAAAAUUCUUUGCAAUCUCUGCGAAGAAUUAAAAGGGAAAGGGGUCGAAGGCCGACAUGUGGUGUCAUUUUGGAAAAGUAG